AUGGGCAUUACCUCUGCUUUUCAACUUUCUGUCCGUCUUUUGACUCUUUUUUCUCUCUCUCACCACCGCUCUAUCGAAAAAAGGCGUCUCCUUUGCGUUAUUCUACUUCACGGCAAUGGCGGAUUGGGCUCCGGUUCUCGUCGGAGUUGUUCUGUUCGUGAUGCUCUCUCCAGGACUCCUCUUCUCGCUGCCGGGACAUCACCGGACGCUAGAGUUCGGCGGCAUGAAAACCAACGGAAAAGCAAUCGCCGUCCACUCACUCAUCUUCUUCGCUGCUUACACGAUCUUGAUCCUCGCAGUCAAUCUCCAUAUCACCACCGGCUGAUUUAGGGUUUUAAUUUUGGGGGUUUUCCGGCGAAAUAAAGGUAACCCCUUUUCUUCGAAUCUGGGGGGUUUCAGGAAUCUUCUGAGAUUUGGAAUGGAGCUCUGAUUUAGGGGUUUGUAUACUCUGUUCUAUAGUUGUGUUUUGCAAUGACUUCUACUGAAAAAUGUAUUAAUCAUUAAGCUUGUAUUGUUGCAAUUAAGUUAAAAGGAAAAUGAACCUGUUCUUUUAUCAGAUUUGAUGUUUGAUUCGAACUUUUA